AGGCGUGGGGGUCGAAGAGGCCCUGAGUUGCGCUCUGCCUCGGACUGGUUCAGUCAGAACUUUGAGUCCAACGAAUCAACAACCAGAACAACACUGUUAAAUAUGAAGGAAUCUUUUCUCAGCAGGCUCAAAGACUAGAAACAACAAAGCUACGUUAGCCUUUGUUAUAAAACCUCUUAAUGCCACGAGUCUGAAACAAAUGAGGCUGACGUGGGAAAGACAGCAUUUCCACAGAGCUGUCUACGGAAGAUAGUGCAGCUUAAUUACUGGAAUGAAGAAUUGAAAACUUAACGGUAGAGACCAAGUCUAGAUGACGGAUGAUGUUUCUAACGAGACUUACAUUGACUUGAACGCUGACAUACUGAACGUCCGGAGGACACAGUGUCUUGAAUUUAUAAAUGAGUCUAAACCAUUAGAAGGAUUGCACUGUGAACCUGUUUUUGAUACUUGGACCUGCUGGCCAGCGACACUUGCUGGAAGCGUAGCGACUAACCCUUGUCCGCACUUCAUCGUAGGAUUCGAUCCCUCAAGAAAGGCUCAUAAAGUAUGUACAGAAAACGGGACUUGGUUCAGACAUCCAGAAUCCGGCCAAAUUUGGUCCAACUACACCACUUGUGUCAACCUGGAUGAUCUUAGCCUGAGACAGCAGGUGAACAACAUAUAUCAAGCGGGAUAUUUUAUUUCUCUGCUCGCUCUUCUCCUGUCUCUGUUCAUACUUUCGUACUUCAAAUCGUUGAGAUGCCCGAGGAAUACUCUCCACAUGAACCUGUUCACGAGCUUCGCCUUCAACAAUUUCCUUUGGCUGCUCUGGUACAGACUGGUCAUACCCAACACAGACGUUAUUGUGAAAAACCGGGUAUGGUGUCAGUGUUUACACGUGGUACUUCACUACUUCUUGGCGUGCUCUUAUGCUUGGAUGCUAGCAGAGGGCGUCUACUUGCACACGCUGCUGGUCUCGGCGUUCACAAGCGAACAGAAACUCGUGAAAAUCCUCACGGCCUGCUCUUGGCUGGUGCCCUUCUUCUUCACUGCCCUCUACACAACUCUGAGGCUCGCCUCCGGUGACACGCAACAGUGUUGGAUCGACGAAUCGGACUCAAAGAUGGUGUUGUUCGUCCUGGUGGCGACGUCGAUGCUACUCAACUUCCUGUUCUUGUGCAACAUCGUGCGUGUAGUCGUGACCAAACUGCGUGCGGGGCCGAACCAGUCUGCGAGGCCAUCGACAGCUCUGCUGCAGGCGUUGCGUGCUACGCUCCUCCUGCUCCCACUUCUUGGCCUUAACUAUCUCCUCACCCCAUUCCGUCCUCCGGACAAACACCCGUGGGAGACGUACUACGAAGUCGUUUCAGCCCUCACGGCUUCUUUUCAGGGUUUGUGUGUUGCAACACUAUUCUGCUUUUGCAAUGGAGAGGUUAUUGCCCAAAUGAAGAGAAAAUGGCAGUACUCGGUAUUCAGAACAAGAGCGAAUUCUUACACUGCCACAACUGUUUCGAAAAGUGUUUAUUUACAGUUUGUAAGGUCUACAGCAGCACCUGCUGCAGAAGAAGAAAUUGUUUAGAUUGCCCAGUUUAACUCAAGAAUGAACCUCUUUUGUCUUGGUUAAGGAAAAUACAGUUUAGUAGCAAUGUUCAAUGUGUAUGACAAACUUAAGUACAAUAAACCAGAGUUACCUUUAUAAAUUGAAAUAUAAUUCUAGUCAAAAUGAUGUGUAAGAAUGUUAGAUGUCUACUCUUAGCUUUAUUUGUAACCAAGUAUGUAAAAUGUGUAAAUGAUGCUGUUCUGAAGUCGUGAUUCUGUGUAUUCAAGUAAAUCAAAAUUGCUUUGUAAAAUGUGAAAAUACAAUAGACUU